AUGUCCAAAAAUGAGAGUAAAGCUAACGGACAAGUUAUAAUUGCUGUUGAAACGAAGAAGAAUCAAAAAUCAAACCAGAAGUACGAGAAGACACAAAGUUACUCUGAUUUAAAUCCAGCUUCUCCUCCAUCCAUGAGGCCAACGUGUCUGCCUGAGGCAGCUUCCACCCACUGGCUGCUGCAGCCUUCAGGCAGAGCGUUCCUACCUGAUCCAACUGGUUUCAAUGGUCUGCCUCCACAAGCCAUGAUGGAGGAUUACACUGCUGCCAAACCAAGAUACCCAAACUGGGAUUGUAGAGUACCACUGUUUGAGAGAUCUCUCUCACCACCUUCGACGUGGCGUGACCGUUCGGAUUCGAGGAGCCAUCGGAGGCGAUCUUCAUCCGGGAGGAGCAAGAAGAAAAAGUCUUCAUCCGACCAGAGACGCAAGAGACCAACAAGGUCAUCCACUAAACGGCUGAGGUCAAGCAGAGUAGAGCAGCUGACCAAAAAGCUGCUGAGAACAUCAGCUGUCCAGUCGCUUAUGAAGAAAUCGCAACUUAAAUCUGUGGUCAGAACUCUGGUUCCCAUCAUCUUGGCUGAACUCAGGAACCUGAAAUCCUCUUCUUCUCAUUCAUCAAAAAAGAAAUUGGAUUCAAAUUUUUCCAAAGUGAAAUCUGACCUUCAGAUCAGUGAACCUGGUUUGUCCAGAAAGCCUCAGGACGAUGCACCAAAAGAGAAAAGGAUGAAGAGCCUCGAUAUUCAAGGAACAUCAGCCACUGUGGUUAAAGAAAAGGAGAAGCAAUUAUCUGUGGAACCAAAAGUCUUCAGAAGACGACCAACCAAACCUGUGUCCAGCACUGAUCUGGCUCUACAUUCAACUAGAAAUAAUGCAUCUUUACCAAAAAGAAGGAUGACAACAAGCAGACGCAUUUCAAAAGCAAAAGCUUUGGUUUCCAAAGCAAGAAUUAUCCUAAACCGGCCGUUUGUCAGAUCUCUAAAAGUAGGAACUGUUAAAUUUGAGGUGAAAAAACAAGUUUCAAAGCAUCUAGGAGCUACAAAGUUGAUGUUUACAAAGAAGAAAGUGGCUGGUAGUGACUCCAAAAAAACACAAAAAGAGUUUAAACAAUCUCUGAAGGGACUGGAAGAGAGAACUACAGAAGAAACGAGACAGAAACCUAAAAUUAGAGUAGAACAUCUACAGGAAGAUGUGAGCAAAGAAGAAAUUAAAGAAAAUGAAGAUCUUAUGGAGAUAGAAAACCUGGAAACUCUUCAGACCAAAGAGUUUGAAGAUGCUGAAGCUCUGAAACAUCUGGAAAUAAGAUCAGCAGAUUGUGUGGAGGUUAAAACUACAACUACAGUCAAACUACAGAGGAAUUUAUCCAGUAAACCAGCAGAGAGUUGCACAUCAAGCUGCUCCGUUUUUACACCAGAACCAGCUGAUCCGCCUCAGACUGAACAGAAUCUCCUCAAAGCUCCAACGCCUUCAGUUGGUUCAUCAUCACAGAGUCAGAGUGAAAAUCAGAUUUCCUCCUCACGUCAGAGGACUGAGGCUGACGCUUUGGAAACAGGAAGUUCACCUGAUUUCAAGAAACGGCAGAAAAGAAAGAAGAGAAAAACAAAGAAAAAAGGUAAAUUUAACAACAUAAACCGAUCAAAGAACACCUGAUGGUAUUUUUCCUUUCUGGUAUGUGAAUCCUAUAAAAGUCACAGUGAUUUUUGUUUGUUUUUCUGUA